AUGGUUUCCCAGACCCAAAAGCAAUGGACCCUUCAGGGGAAGAAUGGAUUUGAUUCCCUGAUCUACAACGAAAAUGCACCGAUUCCUAAAAUCGGCGAGAACGAAGUCUUGGUUAAAUUCCAUGGAGCUUCCCUCAACUACCGAGACCUCACUAUCCCGAUUGAGGGUGGCUACCCAAUACCCACCAACGAUGGCGUCGUGCCGGGCUCUGAUGGUGCUGGCGAGAUUGUUGAAGUUGGAUCCAAGGUGACGAAAUUUAAGAAGGGCGACCGCGUGUACACCCUGUUCAAUCAGGGUCAUCUGAGCGGAGCGUUGACCCCCAGCGCCGGUAUGACUGGACUCGGCGGCCAGCUCGACGGGACCUUGAGGCAGUAUGGUGCAUUCCUGGAGCUCGGAGUCGUCAAGAUCCCCCAAAAUCUCGAUUUUCUGGAGGCUGGUACAUUGUCUUGCGCCGCUCUGACGGCGUGGAAUGCCCUGUACGGCAUUGAGGGUCGAUCGUUGAAGCCGGGCGAUUAUGUAUUGACUCAGGGCACUGGAGGUGUCAGCAUGUUUGCACUUCAGCUCGCAAAAGCAGCCGGAGCCAAAGUCAUCGCUACCACUUCGUCCGCCGUAAAAGCUGAGAAGCUGAAGAAACUCGGCGCCGACCACAUCAUUAACUAUAGGGAAGAACCUAACUGGGGCGAUGUUGCUAAAUCUCUCACAGGCGACCAGGAAGGUGUCGCUCACGUCGUCGAGGUGGGCGGGCCUACAACGGUUGCCCAAUCUCUAAAGGCCGUGCGAAUGGACGGUGUCAUUUCGAUCAUCGGAUAUAUUGGUGGCCAGUCCAACGAUCAACCGACCUUUCAGGACAUAUUGAUGCACAAUUGCGUUGUUAGGGGUAUCAUGGUUGGAUCUCGGGACCAGCUGGAAGCCCUUAACCGAGCCAUCGAGGCUAAUGACAUCCAUCCAGUUGUGGAUGACAAGGUGUUCAUACUUUCGGAGCUGAAGGAAGCCUACAAGUACAUGUGGGAUCAGAAGCAUUUCGGGAAGCUGCGCAUCAAGAUCGAACAUUGA